CCAGGCGGAGCCGGCGCCCGGAGCGGUGGCCGGAGAGCCGGCAGCGGGACACCGGCGCGGGAGGCGGCCCAGGCGGGAGCCCAGAGGGCAGACACCGGCCGGCGGGACCAGCGCCCAGCAGCGCCGCGCCCCCCAUGUGGCCGGGCCCCGGCAGCGCCAGGCCCGCUGCUCGCCCAUGUGGGCCGGCGGCGCUGGGAGCCCGAGGCGGGGCGCGGCCCCCGCGCCCACCGACGACCUCUUCGCCCGGAAGCUGCGGCAGCCGGCGCGGCCCCCGCUGACCCCGCACACCUUCGAGCCCCGGCCGGCCGCGGCCCGGGGCCCACUCCUGCGCAGCGGCAGCGACGCGGGCGAGGCCCGGCCCCCCACGCCCGCCAGCCCCCGCGCCCGCGCCCACAGCCACGAGGAGGCCGGCCGCCCCGCCGGGGCGCCCCCCCGCCUCUUCUCCGACCCCCUGGCCCUGCUGGGGCUGCCGGCCGAGGAGCCGGAGCCCGCCUUCCCGCCGGUGCCCGAGCCCCGCUGGUUCGCCCACUAUGACGUGCAGAGCCUGCUCUUCGACUGGGCGCCGAGGCCCCGGGGGGCGGCGGGCCACCCCGAGCCCGGCCCCGGGCCCCCGGCCCCGGCCGCCCGCUCGGACCUGCUGCUGGAGGCGCCCGGCUUCGUGAGCGAGCUGGGCGGCGAGGGCGAGCCGGGCCUGGGCGGGCCCGUGCCCCCGCCCCUGCCCCCCGCGCUGCCCAACGCGGCCGUGUCGGUGCUGGAGGAGCCGCAGAACCGAACCUCGGCCUACAGCCUGGAGCACGCCGACCUGGGCGCCGGCUACUACCGCAAGUACUUCUACAACAAAGAACACCAGAACUUCUUCGGGCUGGACGAGGCUCUGGGCCCGGUGGCCGUGAGCCUGCGGCGGGAGGAGAAGGAGGGCAGCGGAGGGGGCACUCUGCACAGCUACCGGAUCAUCGUGCGGACCACGCAGCUCCGGACCCUCCGGGGCACCAUCUCGGAGGAGGUGCUGCCCCCGGGGCCCCCCAGGGGCCUGUCUCCGCGGAAGCUUCUGGAGCACGUGGCGCCCAAGCUGAGCCUCUCCUGCCUGCGCCUGGGCUCCGCCUCGCCGAAGGUGCCGCGCACCCUGCUCACGCUGGACGAGCAGGUGCUGAGCUUCCAGCGCAAGGUGGGCAUCCUGUACUGCCGGGCGGGCCAGGGCUCGGAAGAGGAGAUGUACAACAACCAGGAGGCAGGACCCGCCUUCAUGCAGUUCCUCACGCUGCUGGGCGACGUGGUGCGGCUCAAAGGCUUUGAGAGCUACCGGGCCCAGCUGGACACCAAAACCGACUCCACCGGCACGCACUCACUCUACACGGUGUACCAGGACCACGAGAUCAUGUUCCACGUGUCCACAAUGCUGCCUUACACCCCCAACAACCAGCAGCAGCUCCUGCGCAAGCGCCACAUCGGCAACAAUAUCGUGACCAUCGUGUUCCAGGAGCCGGGCAGCAAGGCCUUCUGCCCCAGCACCAUCCGCUCGCACUUCCAGCACGUGUUCCUGGUGGUGCGGGCCCAGGCGCCCUGCACCCCGCACACGUCCUACAGGGUGGCCGUGAGCCGCACCCAGGACACCCCAGCCUUUGGUCCGGUUCUGCCCCUAGGUGGAGGCCCCUUCGCGGCCGACGCCGACUUCCGGGCCUUCCUGCUGGCCAAGGCGCUCAACGGCGAGCAGGCGGCGGGCCACGCGCGCCAGUUCCACACCAUGGCCACGCGCACGCGCCAGCAGUACCUGCAGGACCUGGCGGCCAACGAGGUGACCACCACGUCGCUGGACGCGGCGUCGCGCUUCGGGCUGCCGUCGCUGGGCGUGCGGCGGCGGGCGGCGCCGCGGGGCGCGGGCGCCGAGCUGCAGGCGGCGGGCGCGCUGGUGUGGGGCGUGCGCGCGGCGCCCGGGGCCCGGGGCGCGGCGGGGGCCCUGGCGGGCAGCCCGGACCCCGAGCCGCCCGAGGUGCCCUGCCUGCUGGGCGUGUCCGCCGAGGCGCUGGUGCUCGUGGCGCCCCGCGACGGCCGCGUGGUCUUCAACUGCGCCUGCCGCGACGUGCUGGCCUGGACCUUCUCCGAGCGGCAGCUCGACCUGUACCACGGCCGCGGGGAGGCCAUCGCCCUGCGCUUCGACGGCCCCCCCGGGCAGGCCGUGGGCGAGGUGGUGGCGCGGCUGCAGCUGGUGAGCCGCGGCUGCGAGACCCGCGAGCUGGCGCUGCCCCGCGACGGCCAGGGCCGCCUGGGCUUCGAGGCGGACGCCGAGGGCUUCGUCACGCACGUGGAGCGCUUCACGUUCGCCGAGACGGCGGGGCUGCGGCCCGGGGCGCGCCUGCUGCGCGUGUGCGGCCAGACGCUGCCCGCCCUGGGCCCCGCGGCCGCCGCCCGCCUGCUGCGCUCCGCGCCCAAGGUCUGCGUCACCGUCCUGCCGCCCGACGACGGCGGCCGGCCCCGCAGGAGCUUCUCGGAGCUGUACAGGCUGUCCCUGCAGGAGCCCAGCAGGCGUGGGGCCCCGGAGCCAGUGCAGGAGGAGGCCCCCGAAGUGGGCCUGAUGCCCACCACGCAGCAGCUGCUGCACGUGUGCCUGAGUGAUGGCGGCAGCGGCCCUCCGGGGCCCGGAGACCUAGCAGAGGAGAGGACCGAGUUCCUGCACAGCCAGAGCUCGCCGUCGCCCUGCAGCUCCCUGUCAGAUGAGGCCCCGGUCCUGCCCAACACCACCCCAGACCUCCUGCUGGCCACCAAGGCCAAGCCGGCGCCUCCCGGUGCCGGCAGGGAGACGCCCCCCGCCCAGGACGGGCCGGCCGGCCCCAGCGGCGAGGAGGACAGAGGUGACCCGGCCCCAGAGAUGAGGGCCUCCUUCCUGCCACGAACCUUGUCUCUCCGAAACUCCAUCAGCAAAAUCAUGUCCGAGGCGGGCGCAGAGACCCUGGAGGACGAGUGGCAGUCCAUCUCAGAAAUCGCCUCCACUUGCAACACCAUCCUGGAGUCGCUGUCCCGGGAGGGACAGCCCAUCCCGGAGAGUGGAGAAGCCAGAGGAACCCCAAAACCUGAUGCUGAGCCAGAACCCAGGAGCCUGUCGGAGAAGGUCUCUCACCUGGAGUCGCUGCUCAGGACGCUGCAGGAGGACCUGCAGAAGGAGAAGGCGGACCGAGCGGCUCUGGAGGAGGAGGUCCGCAGCCUGCGGAACAACAACCGCCUGCUCCUGGCCUCCAAGCACCGGGGCUCGCCCGCCACGGACCUGGCCUGAGCCGCGGGGCCAGCCUCCGCCUGGCUGCGGGCCUGCUCGGACUGCCCAGUCCUCAGGGCUCGGGGUCACACGGCCCCGGGCCCCCUCAGGAACUCGCCCUGCGCACGGGCGUGACUUAGCACUGCCCCCACUCCCCAGCCCACUCCCGGUGGCCAAGUUGCCCUCCCCGUUCCUGUUUGUAAAUAUUCUGUGAGAAAGGGACUGCAGGGAUUAAAGAAGCCACUGCA